UGCGUAUGUGUGUGUGUGCGCGCGCGUGUGUGUGAGUGAGUGAGUGCGUUUGAAAUUCUAUAGAGACUUUUUAUUUUAGUUAUACACAUUUCAUCUUUCGUGUGUCGAUUAAGAUUGACUUUACACAUCAAUGGAAUAUAACAGCGUGUUUGAUGAGUGAUGUCACUGCCGCUGGACAACUCAACACGACACAGGACUUAAAUAGUCAUUUCUAAUUAGUUUACCUUCGUCAGAGAAAUGGAUUUUCAGACCAAUCGACGAGAUUUUCUUUAAACUUGAACUUUAAAACCCGAAGCGGUCCCGCACGGAUGUCUGGUGUUGUUUUGGCGCUGAUGAACUCAUGAUAUUUGUUUAUUUGGGUUCCAGCACGAGUUUGUUUGCAUGGAGCUGAACAUCUCUGAAUACACACAUCAUUAUUGACUGUUCUUAGAAAGAGCUGAUCAACUCAGGGCAUGUGUCUCAGAGAUGAAUCUUUAAUUUCUUGAAGUGAUCUUAAACUGAGAGCAAUCAAGGACAGGCAGAAUGCUGAAGACCCUCACUAAAAAACUCAGAAGACACUCACUAAAUGAGAUCCACCCUUUUCAACUAAAGAUUUCCUACCAUGGCAGUGAGGAAGGGUGGGAGAGUGAGGAUUCAGAAGGGGAAAACCAGGAGCUGGCACAGAUUGACAGAGAGCAUCGAAGGAACUGUGCCUUGACCCCUCUAGCCACCAGCCAGCAGCACAAUCAGGGCAUUCUUUCACCUGCCCACUUACGCCGUCUCCGUUUACUUCUGGACCCUGCCCUAGAGCGCCACAGUUCAGAAGAAGAACUGGAACGCAUCGCAGGGGCCAUAGGGGCAGAAGGGGGCAGAAAGUGGCACCGACAUGGAGACAUGAGUAGCGCUUCAAGUGAUGAGGAAGUUAAGGACCUGUGUGGGCCAAAUGAACCAGCGACUGGGACUAACUUGAGUGCCACUUCUCCAAGCCCUGUUCUCUUCAGUUCCUCUCCUCCGCGAGGGCUUAAGCCUUCUUACACACCAGCCCGCCUGCCUGUCCGGCCCAUCAUUCUCAGCCACUUUGAACAACCUUCCAUGCCUUACUGGCGGCACCGGCCCAUUUACACAGGAGAACCUGGUCGCCCCAGCCUAGACCUCGAGAAAAUGCAGCAGAAAAUGCUUUUAAGAAAGAACUGUGGAGGGAAAACGAGGACUAUCAAGAUUCGGAGUCUGACUGGUGGCCGUCACACACCUCGAUACUCCUAUGAUCCAUCCAUCUUCGCUUUCCGCCCCGUCAGCAACGUUCCACCCUGCAGCCCUGUGCUCCCUGCUGAAGAACCUCCAUGUGCUUGAGAGAAUGGACUGGAAGCCUGCAUCGACAAAACAUGACGAAGUCGUGGACCAAAAGUUCCCAGCACAAUGACAGUGUAUGUUUGCAUUACCUGAGAUAUAAGUGUGAACAAAGGCCUUUUGACAAAACAGGAAGUGUGGUCAGGGCCAGAAGUGAGAGGAAUGAAAGACGGCGACCUACCAACUUUAGACAUUCCUUUCUCUCGGUCUCUCAGGAAACCCACUUAGAACUUGUUGCAUUGACAAGGCUAUGAUGACCACUGCAAUAUCUAUAAAAGUACAACCAAAAAGUUUGUUUUUUUUAAUGUUAAAAGAAGACUGUUUUUUUUUUUUUUUGGAAAUUGCCUC